AUAGAGAGGCUACACUCGUGCCUGUGCGUCGGAUGCUGCUGAGACUAGUGCAGAGUGGGCGAGUGAGCGACUGCGGUAUCUUGGCAGGAGCAUCAAUCAUAGGCUAGUCCACAUUUGUUUACCGUCGAAAUCAGCAGGCGACCCGAAAUAAACUCGAAAGGCGAUUGAACAUGAACGUUGUGGGAUCUUAGUUCACAUUUUUCCAAACCAGUGUUCAAGAUUUUUAAUGGAAAAUGGCGAUAUGCACUCCGUCUUGCAGUAUUGUCUGCUUGGUAUCUUUCCAGAUUAUCUUGAUUUUCACUGUACAGUGGCCUGGCGCGGAUGGUCUCACGUUCCCCCAGCAAUACACAAUCAUGCACUGGGCCAGGCGCAUCGAGCAGGAGAUCGACAGAGUCUUCCAGCACAUCAGCGGAGCCCAGCAGCUAAAAGGGAUCUACAAUGAGAAAAGAAGGCAGUUCAGCCUGGUAAAGAAUUCUCCUUAUGAGAUGGUGGAGAAGGUAGCUUCAGACAUCGAGAAGCUACUUGCCAAGAAACGCAAAGCACUUGAUAGGCUGGCCAGUGAAGCAGAACGUGUCCAGCGAGACCAUCCCUGGCACGACAGCGUCAAGGAAUGGAACAUGACGUAUUACGAUUCCAAGGCAGAGCUAGACUAUCAGUACUCCCUGCAAGAUGGUGAUGGGGAAACAGUGAGCCCUCCACUACAGGUGGAGUUUGUGUAUGACCCUAACUUCAAAAAUAAGGUCAACUACUCCUUCACAGCCGUUCAGAUCCCCACAGACAUCUACAAAGGAGCCCCAGUGAUUCUAAAUGAGCUGAACUGGACACAGGCCCUGGAGAAGGUGUUUAUGGAGAACAGUCAAGAGGAUCCUUCACUACUCUGGCAGGCAUUUGGUAGCGCCACUGGGGUCACCCGCUACUACCCAGCCACACCAUGGAGGGCCCCUGAUAAGAUCGACCUUUAUGAUGUGAGGAGAAGGCCAUGGUACAUCCAAGGGGCCUCAUCCCCCAAAGACAUGAUCAUACUCGUUGAUGUGAGUGGCAGUGUGAGCGGCCUCACUUUGAAGCUGAUCAAGUCAUCAGUGAUGGAGAUGCUGGACACUCUGUCUGAUGACGACUAUGUCAACGUGGCCAGGUUUAAUGAAAAGGCCGAGGCAGUGGUCCCUUGCUUCAAACACCUGGUCCAGGCCAACGUUCGCAACAAGAAGAUCUUCAAAGAGGCUGUAAAGCUCAUGCAAGCUAAAGGCACCACAGACUACAAGUCUGGUUUCCACUUUGCCUUCAAUCAGCUACUAAAUAAGACCAAUGUCCCGCGAGCUCACUGCAAUAAAAUAAUCAUGCUGUUCACUGAUGGAGGAGAGGAUCGAGCUCAGGACAUCUUUGAGCAGUACAACUGGCCCAACAAAACGGUGCGGGUCUUUACAUUCUCUGUGGGGCAGCACAACUAUGAUGUCACACCCUUGCAAUGGAUAGCGUGUGCCAAUAAAGGUUUCUAUUUUGAGAUCCGCUCCAUCUGUGCCAUAAGGAUUAACACCCAGGAGUACCUGGAUGUGCUGGGCCGCCCCAUGGUCCUGGCAGGCAGCCGUGCCAAGCAGGUUCAGUGGACCAAUGUCUAUCAGGAUGCCUUGGGUCUGGGACUGGUUUUUACUGGAACCAUGCCUGUUUUUAAUCUCACCGUGGAUGGAAACUCACAGAAUCAGCUCAUAUUAGGUGUCAUGGGGGUGGACGUGCAUCUGGACGAAAUCAAAAAGCUGACACCACGAUACAACCUUGGAGCCAAUGGGUACAUAUACGCCAUCGACCCAAAUGGAUACCUUCUCCUGCAUCCAAACCUUCACCCAAAGCUGCUCGACCUACCAGAGCCUGUAACACUUGACUUCCUGGAUGCUGAGGUGGAGGACAGCUCCAAACAGGAAAUCCGCAAACAUAUGAUUGAUGGCAGACCGGGUGACAUGCAGAUUAAGACGCUUGUAAAAUCAAUUGAUGAGCGAUACAUAGAUGAGGGAGUUCGGAGUUACACCUGGACACCCAUCAAUGGUACAGACUACAGUCUGGGCCUGGUACUGCCGCCCUACAGUGAAUACUACAUCCAGGCAGACCUGAGUGAUGUGAUGCUGCAGCUCCAGUAUCUGCAAUCUUUGCUGCCCAGCUCCUUUGAAUCAGGGGGACACGUGUUCCUGGCUCCCAGGGAAUACUGCAAGCGUCUGCACAUCUCUGACAACAACACACAGUUCCUGGAGAACUUCCUGUCUCUCAUGGUGGAGAUCACACCAGAAUCUGAAGACUGUGAUCAAGGCCUCAUUCACAACCUGAUCUUGGAUUCUGGAAUCAUCUGGCAGCUAGCAUCUAGAGUGUGGAAGAACAAGGAUAUCCAAACGUAUGGUUUUCUGGCAUUAUUUGCAGCCACAGACGGAGGUGUAACCCGGGUCUUCCCCAACUCGGCUGCUGAGUCGUGGGAUGAGGACCCUGAGCCCUUCAACUCCAACUACUACCGCCGCAGCCUUGACAACAAGGGCUAUAUGUUCAGAGCUCCACCCAGAGCCUCCAUGGAUGAUCCGGUGACUUCGGAGAACGGCACCAUCGGAAUCCUGGUCAGCACUGCCGUGGAAGUCAACCUGGGAGGCAAGAACCUGAAACCGGCAGUUGUGGGGGUGAAGCUAGACUUGGAAGCAUGGGUAGACAAGUUCAAGAUCUUAGCCAGCAACGUGUCUGACAGUCGUCAGGGCUCGCAAAAGUGUGGGCCGUCCAGAAGUUGUGAGAUGGACUGCGAAGUCAACACUGACGACUUACUCUGCUAUCUGAUUGACGAUGGGGGCUUCCUGGUGAUGUCCAACCAGAGGGAUCACUGGAAAAAGGUGGGCCUUUUCUUUGGUGAUGUGGACCCCUAUCUUAUGCACGCGCUGUAUAACAACUCCAUCUAUGCCCGCCGGCAGUCCUUUCAGUACCAGUCAGCAUGUGAGCCAGUCAGCAGCAGCCACACAGGGGCAGCACCCAGGGGCAUCUUUGUGCCCUCCAUCGCAGACAUGCUCAGUCUGGCCUGGUGGACAUCGGCGGCAGCAUGGUCUGUAGUCCAGCAGCUGCUCUAUGGACUGGCCUACAACAGUUGGCUCUACACAGGUGAUGUUCUGGCAGAUGGGUUUGACCAGAAGGAGAGCAGCUGUGUGACCAUCCAAAGCCAGUUCUACUUCACCAACACCACCAACUCAUACAAUGUGCUGCAGGACUGCGGGAACUGCUCCAGGUUAUUUCAUGCUAAGAGGAUAGAGAACACCAACCUGUUGUUUGUGGUGGCUGAGACACUGCCCUGUAGCUCCUGUGAGAUCGAGAGACUGACCCAGGUCAAAACAGAGUUCCAGGAGGAGGAUCCCUGUGAGGUGUUGAACUCUGCACGCUACCGGAGAGGCCCGACCGAAUGCUGGGACUACAACAUCUGGGAGAACACAUCGGAGUGUGGGAGAGGCCAUUCCCUACAAUCUUCAAUAGGAAUCCUUUUCUCUAUCCAGCUGAUCCUGACUAUUCUCUCUCUCUGACACCUGGACUAGACCAUUACCACAGUCAUCAUCCACUAUCUCCUGACAUCCAUUCUCUUACUCUUCCCUUUGUUCUUCAACAUUUCUUUAUCCACUUCUGGUCGGGGUUUGACCUCUGCAAAAACAGUUUUUUUUUUCAUAAUUCCAACUUCCUCUUUCCUCUCCCUUUCUCUAGUGUGAUUUCCAUUCAUCUCUCUCUCUGCAUUGCCAUUGCAUGUCUCAUAUGACAGGCCACUUGAAAAGAAGAGAGUUUCUCUUAUUUUGAUGACAGUAAAUUGCCCCAAGUGUGAGAUAUGGAACAUUUGUUUUAUCAUCCAAUAUCCUUUAAAAAAAAUCACUCCAUUUGAAUGUGUGAUAAAGGGAUGUUAUGACAAAUAUUUUAUUGACUUAGAUGUUAGUUAGCAUCAAUGCUCAAUAUGUUCUAAAAGUGCUUCCAAAAGCCAAAUAAGUGAUUGAGAGAUUUAAAAAAAACAUUGUAACAAAGGUACAGUGGACUGUUCCUAUCAACUGAUACAGUACAUUUCGUUUUUGUGAAUUUUACAUGAACAUAUAGUAAAUAUAAAUUUAAAAAAUACACAUGCGUAAAAUAUAUUCCAAAGAUAUAUAUAUAUAUAUAUACACACACACACACACACAGUACCAGUCAAAAGUUGACACACCUACUCAUUCCAGGGUUUUUCUUUAUUUUUACUAUUUUCUACAUUGUAGAAUAAAGUAGCCACCCUUUGCCUUGAUGACAGCUUUGCAUUCCAGGGUUUUGCAUUCCAGAGUGUGCAAAGCUGUCUUCGAGGCAAAAGGUGGCUACUUUGAAGAAUCUCAAAUAUAAAAUAUAUUUUGAUUUGUUUAACACUUUUUUGGUUACUACAUGAUUCCAUAUGUGUAAUUUCAUAGUUUUGAUGUCUUCACUAUUAUUCUACAAUGUAGAGAAUAGUAAAAAUUAAGAAAAACUCUGGAAUGAUUAGGUGUGUCCAAACUUUUGACUGGUACUGUGUGUAUAUAUAUAUAUAUAUAUAUAUAUAUAUAUAUAUAUAAGAAAAAUACAUAUAAUGAAUUAGAUGUAUGAACAAACAUGCAUAGCCUAUAUGUCAAAUGUUAUACUCCAUUUGGAUGGUUGAAGAUGACCUACUGAAGCUUUACCUUGCAUCUUGUGCAAUGAUUUGUCUAUGUGAUCUGAAAAGCUCAUGCAUUUGUGUAUGCUAACUUCUGGAGAAUGUAGCUUAUGUAUGGGCAGCUUUCAGUGUAAACAUUUGAUGAUGCCACUCCCAGAUUCCCUUUGUUGAUAUUCCCUUCUAGUCCAAGCAGAGCUGUAUAGCCCCUGGAAGCCUUUAUGAAGAAACACAUUUGGGUUCUAGAAAAAGGAGUAAUAUUUUUGACACACUUUUUUUGAUGAAAUAUUUGUAAAAUGUUUUUUUCUUUCAUGUCAUGCCUGGUGUUCCACCCAGCAGUGCCUUGGUGCACUCCUAUUGGAUGAGCGGGACUUUAGAUCUCAGAUCUGGACAGUAGACACUUCUGCUCCAGCCCUGGAGAAAGGCACACUCGACUCUAUGGACAGUACUGACUGAAAGGACAGCCCUCAAUGGAUUUUGUGGGCCAUGGGAAAUGUUAAGGUGGACUGUGUGAGGUGAAGGGAGAUAGGUGUAGUUUAGGAUUAUAUUUCAGACUGCAAGGUAUUAGGGAUACAGCACAAUUGAAACAGCGCACAGUUGGAGUGCAGUUACAGUACUUUCCCUUGUAAUUUCCCCAUGGACACAGAGGCACAGCUAUCGUUCAGCCUGAACCAGUCUGUUUGUGAAAAGGUGCAGUCAACCGUGUGACCAAGAGCGGAUCAUGGAUAAAGGACAGCCUAGAUAGCCUGCUUCCCCAGUGCUCAGUGUCAUCUCCCUCUACCCUGUAGUUCAGUGGUGUACCGCAGUAUCUCAUGCAAUUCUACACAUUUUGCCAUGAGGCUGAGAGAAUUUUGCAUUUUUAAAGCAAAUUUCCUGUUACUCUAUACAUUUUGGCAUGAGGCUAAGAGAUAAUGUUGCAGUUUUACAAGCAAAUUUCCUGUAAUUAUUUUUUUUUUUACAUGACUUAUGACAUGUUCAUAUCGUAUCUGGGGAGGGUGAGGGGACCAUAGAGAUCCUAUUAAAUUACUAGAGGGCGGUUAUGUCAUUAACCCUCGAAGUUCCAGAAUGGAGUGAAAAUGGCUGCCAUAUUGGUCAGGGAGAAAUCCAAACCAGUCAAAAUGGAAUGAAAGGCAUAAUCCUGAUUUUACUUAUGCAGGAAAUUAAAACAAAGGCAUGUGAUGAAUCAGAAAUUGUGUAAUAGAAUUAUUUUCAACCAAAUAUGUUAUAUAAUCAUAAAAACAGUGUAUGUGGGUUUUAUACCCAUUUUCUCUAUAAAUAGCCACAGAAAUACAUGUAACCAGACCAUAAAUGUCAACAUUUUAGCUUUCUUGGAAAUCUGAGAGUGCUAUUAUAUGAUACAAUAUAAGUACUUGUUGCAUUUAGAACUUGUCUAAGUCCUAUCAUCUACUGAUUUCAGCCAGUGUAUGGCUGUAGAUUGACUACAUUGUUUGAAUGGAAUAUUGGCAGUAAAACUGUCUGGAUAGCUAGCUAACAAAUAUACAGUGCAGAUACAUUUUACACAAUAUCUUAUCACAGCACUGGCAGACCAUAGUUGACCAACUCCCUGACCAAAAUGGCUGACCUUUAAACCAUUCUAGUAUUCUAAUUCCUAAUUCUAUGGGGGCGACCUCCAACCCACAGGAAUUUCCAUACUCUGUAGGAAUACCAGAUACCAGAUCACCGUUCCUACUGACCUCACUGUAUACACGAGACAUCCAGGAAGUGACUUGCCAUCAGCCAAUCAGAUAUGACGAGUCACUCAAUUACAAUGACUGUUAGAAUACAGUAUUAGCAGUAGUACAGUUGAACUGUUUUUCUGCAAUUCUCAAUCAUGUAGAGCCUUUGUUAAAUAGACUGAAGAACACUCAGUUUGGACCAUUUUUUAAUUUUUUAAUUUAUAUAUUAUUCAAGACAGACUAGACAAAAACCUGAUUGUACAAAACAUAAAAAUAAUCGUCUCUUCGAGAAUGUGUUUACAAAAGUAAAUUAACAAACAAAAAUGGUAUACAUCGAAGCUGCACAUCUCAACCCAGUACCCAUCCCAGACCAUGGGCAUUUUAAAGACGAGCAUUUUAUCUGGGCUUUUCAUGAUUGAUUUGGGGGAAUUAAAUAUUGAAAACAACUCUCAGUCCACAUUUAUAGGAGGACUAUUGCUCUUUAUACAGUGUGCUAUUAACUCUGAAGUCAGUGUUUUAGUUUGGUACGUUUAAUUUAUGAUAUACUUAUUGCAUGAUUUUAUGGAACAUUUCCAGAUUGAUGUAUAAACUAGUAAUAAAAAGUAUUUGACAUUUCUUUACAGGUGAACGUGAGUAGCCUAAGCACUCUCCUACUCCGUGAGGAUUUCCCAAUGGGUGCCACCUUACACUUAGCUCUGGUCCAGGGCGUCAUUCAGCUUUGCGCUGACAAACAGCGUUCUGGACCAGAGCUACCUUACACUAUGAGUGUUGUGAGAAUCUGAUAGGCAUGUGGGGGUUUUGGUCGAUGACCUCUGAUUGACCUUUGAGUAUCCUUCAUAUUACCGGUUAUACAUUAGGUAAUAGCAUUGAUUGUGAGAAUGAACUCAGUGGGCAGUUUGUUCAUUGCAAAAUUUAAAGAACGUUGAAUGUUUUUGAAAAAUAUGGGGGAUGGGCAUUUUAAUCAGUUUAUUCAAAAAAGCCCGUAACAGCUUUCCUAUCGUUUUAUUUAUUAGGCUAUGAAAUAAUAUGAAUGUUUAAUGUCUUUCUGUACUUUUGGUUUGGUUUGCUGCUAUUGUUGUUGUUUGCUUGGGACAGCGUUUCCUCUCCUUGUGCGCAGUCGUCCAUGUCACCUCGUGUUUUGUACAGAUGACUCAAAGCAGUCAACGGAAGAAGGCCAACUUUGUACAACAUUUUGUCUGCUACAUGAAAAAAAUGUAUCUCUAAAUGUUUAUAUAUGAUAUUUGGUGAUUAAAUGCUAUUGAUAUUUUUCACUUCA